GAAGAUGUGUUUAGUGUAAAGUGUAAAGAAACUUCACUUGAAGUUUUACCAAAACAGAGUUUGAGCACGCACACCAUAAAUAUUUCGAUCAAGAAAAUGCAGUUGUUGUAAGGGCAGUGCGCAUGCAGAUGUUACACUGGUAUUCUGGGUGCAUACCAUCCAAGCAGCUAUUUCUCAAGUUUAUGGCUCCCUCUUAUGUCCAGGGAGUGCCUGACAGAGAGAGAGAGAGAGAGAGAGAGAGAGAGAGAGAGAGAGAGAGAGAGAGAGAGAGAGAGAGAGAGAGGCAGAGGGUGUUUCUUCCCAUGCAUCUCACCCAGGGACAGCUGACUGGCUGGGACCUAAUUGCUCUGAAGUGAGGUCAGCAAGAGGCAUUUAUCUAGGCACAGCGCACAACAACAGGGGAAGAUGCAGAGGGCCAGCCUGCUGGAGUCAGUGAGACGUCCAUGGGAAGAGAUCAACACAGAGAGCUUGUGCCUAGCUAACCAGAAUCAUUGGGAUCACUGCAGUCUUACACUGCAGACCACUAGGGAAACGAAAUACCGCUACUUACAUCUCUGGUCACUCACAGCUAAAGCCCUGAAACAGACAAGAUGAUGUCCGCCGUUGGACUAUGGUCCUCUACGCCAGACAAAAACACAGAGUGAGGAUUACAGAGAGCUCCACAGACCAGUCAGCAGCCACCCUCCAGCCUCUGCUAGGCUCCAGCCACUCCAGCCCGCUCCACCAUCCCACCAGGGGGCCCUGCUGCUGGGAGAGGGACGCGCAGGGUCAGGGGUGAGGGCUCCGAGGUCAGGGGUCAGGGGCCAGGGGUCACGGGGUGCCGAGCAACAGCGCACGGAUCUCUAUUUCACAUUUCAGUAUGUUGUUCAUGAAGUCCCACUGCAGUGCAUUAUAAUGCGCAAAUGGAUGCUCACAUGGAACCUGCCAAAUGUGCUCUCGGGACUGUACGUGCAAAUGAUCUUCCUGGUGGGCAGCGUGUGUGUGGCCUGCAGUGACCGCACUCCGGAGCAACUGGCUGCCAUCAUGAACUGCUCCAAGCACGAGCGUCACACCAGGAACUACGACUACAUGGAGGGUGGAGACGUGCGCAUCCGUCAGCUGUUCAGCCGCACGCAGUGGUUCCUCACCAUCGACGAGUACGGCAACAUCAAUGGGACACAAGACUCCACCAAUUGUUACACUAUCUUGGAGAUCAGGACUGUGUCAGAGGGCGGUGUGCUUGCCAUUAAAGGUGUGAAGAGUCAGUACUAUAUCUCUAUGAACCGGACUGGACUGCUGCAAGGCAAGAAAAUCUACAAUGAAAACUGCAACUUCAAGGAGGUUUUCUUAGAAAACUACUUCAAUGCUUACGCCUCAGCGAAGUGGACAAAAAAUGGCAAAGAGAUGUUCAUAACCCUGUCUCAGAAGGGAAGGCCACUGCGAGGGAAGAGGACCAGGAGGGAGCACAUAGCAUCUCACUUUAUCCCCAGGAUGUGCAAAGCGGAGGAGCAGAGAGUAGACUGACAGGAGAGCUCGCACUGAGGAGGAAGAGGAGGAAGAGGCAGGUGGAAUCCCUUGCUGGGAUUAAAUGACAUUGAGGUGAAUGAGUGAUGGAUCCAUUAACCAUUUCAUCAUAUUAUAUAAGCUGACAAAGAACACUAGGGAAAGUCAAAGAGAAAACUAGAAAUUAUUUACAAACGUCACCCUACUCCAUGUUGUAAAUAGAAAUGGUUUCUUUGGAGGUUCUAAAAUUGCAGUGACAGUGCGCAAUUUACACCCACCAUUCAAAGGAUUUGUAAACCGUUAAAAGUAAACUGUAACCUUGUUUGUGAACAAAAACACAGUUAACAUGCCACCUUUGAAUGAUGGAGUUAUUGUUGUUGCGGCACACCAUUUCUGCAUGUUUAAAUUGUUUGCAAAAAAAGUUGCGAGGUUGAUUCAUAUUUUAGAAUUAAAUGAUCUCCAGCUCAAUGAACAAAGAAAAAUAAUCUAUUAUUUUACCAUGCAUAAUACACAUAUAAAAAUAUUCAAAUAAUUUAAAUAAUUAUUGUUAAUAUGGAGACAGCCCUGUAAUUAUACUCCCACAUUAUAGAUAAAGAAGGUUCAAAGCAGGAGUGAACUGAGAGUGAGUUGGCUUGACCAACGUAAAGGAAGCAAGCUGGCCUUGUCUUGUCACUGCGCAGAUUCUUAAAGCACACACUACAGCAAAGCCACAAACAGCAGAUAAGAGAUUUGUACAACAAAUAUAUUUGUGAAAGGCUGUGCUUAGUCCUUUGGGUUAAAGCUGCUCACUGACUCCAUAUCCAUUUUAAGGUGCGAUCUAACAAUGCAAGAAUAUACCGCUGCUACUGCUGAUGGGAAAAUAUCCGGAUUAAAAUACAGUGUGAAACCCAAUUUUAAUGUGUAUGUUAUGGAUUGAUUUUGUAUUUUGUAUAAGUCAUGAUUAUAUAAAUUGUUAUUGUCGAACUUCAUUCUAUCCUUUAUGUGUUAAUCAAGUAUUUAUAUGAGGAUACAUUUUUUUCUACAAUUUAUUUUAAGACAUUCCAUUGUUCACCCAGUCAUAAUUAAGGCUCGCCAAAUCAUUUCAGCAAAACAUACAAAGGGACUCAUUUAUUCAAUUUAGUUGUAUUCCUUUUCUGAAAUAAAUGAAAGUAAUACUCACAUACUCAUCUCAUUCUCAGCAAAACAUUUUUAAACCACUCUCAACUUUCAUUCAAUACGUCUACAAUAUCUCCAUAUUGGUAUAAUAGUUUGUGUUAUAAUUCAUUGUUGUAAGUUAUUUGUGUUAUUUAUAUAAAAGCCAAGGACGAGAUCUGUU